UCCAGGAAUGUAUCUAAUUUAUAGAAUCAACGAGUUCAAGAGACACCUCCAAGAGCAGAAUAAACGAGAGAUAGCAGAGAGAGAACUGGCCCACUUGAACCACAAGAUUGACAAACUUCUAGUGAAACUGGAAGGGCAUGAACCAGAAAUGGCCAAAUCACGUGAGGAAGAGUGUGCCAUCUGCAUCAGUGCCAGAGCGUCCAUGCAGACUUUUCCAUGCGGCCACAGAGUUGUCUGUAGAAAAUGUUUUGUAAAGACAAUUCAGAUUGUUGUGACCCAGAGAAUUCUGCCACUUCGGUGUGUCGUAUGUCGAGCUCGAGUUCUCCACAUUAAACAGAUACUUUCUGGUGGAAUUACAGAACCCACCGCCCGUAGAGUUUCAGUGUUGACAAAUUACAGAGAACCACACCAUAGUGUCCAAGAUACAUUAUUAGCUGAUGCUCUAGCAGGAUCUCAGUGUUUCCUCCCACAUAGCAUUAAUGACGUGGCUUUGAAAUCGAAGCAACUUCAAGGGUGUGAAAUACAAGUUUGCUAUCUCGCAGCUAUCUCAAUGUAGUAACAACAAUUUAAAAGAUGCAUUUUCAGUACAAGAAAGUUCACGAUCCACUACUGGUCACCAUCAGUCUCUGAAAAUUUUGAAAACUGAUCCAGAGGAGAGUAAGAUCCAAUGGGGGGAGCCCAGGUCAAAGAAUGCUGUGAGCAAGCAUGCGCCAAAAUACCGCCGACGUCAUCAGGUUCACGUUAGUACACCGGCACAGCUGUGUCCUAUCGAAGAACAUGAAGAACAAGAAACUAUAGAAGUCAGUAAUCAAAUAAACAAUCUUGACAUUCUAGAUGACGUAUCAGAGACAUGUUCUCUAAUCGCGCAAGAGAAACUUUCAGCACCUUGUAAAACGUCAGCGUUUUGGCAACUUCGGAGCAAAUGUUCUCUAGAAGUCUAAGAAUCCACGUCAAAAUAAAUCGUAUGAAGUCUUUAUUUAACGUCUUCACCUUGAUUAUAAAAUAAUCAGUGAUAGA